AUGGCGCCACCAUACUGGUGGAGGUUCGAGUCGUCGCAGGACUGGGCACCGUUCGCAUCCAGACUCUGCUGCUGGCGCUCGGCGGGAGCCUCUUCGUCGGUCGCAGCCUUCUUUGAGCACAGGCGCGUUGCCAACGAGAAAGGUCUUACUGUCGACCUCUUCUUCUCGGGACUCUGCGCACUGUUCGGCUGGACAGCAGUGGUCGUGGCAAAGUCGACCAUGCUCUUUGACAUGGCAAAGUCCAUGCCAACCGGGACAAGGGCCUUUGGCCUGGGUCUGUGCGUUGCAGUGGGCAGCCUGGCGGAAAUCCUCGCUCCAACGAUAUCCACCUUGGGUGGCCUGCUGCCUUUCUACCUGCCAAUGGCCGGCUGCGGUGUGCUGGUUCUGACCGCGGCCGGCCUCAGCCUCGUGUUUCCGGACUCGUGGAAGCGGCCCCUGCCUCCGUCGGCGGAGGCUGCCGACGACGCCAAGCAGCCCCGCAGGACGCGCCGUCGCGGCUCGUACUCUCCGCCCGCGAGCCGACUGGGCACUGCGACCAGCUCUUCGCUGCCGUUGGCCGACGACGGAGCGGCCGCGCUCACUGCGGCCAGGAUUAACCGCGCCAAGCAGGCCAGCAUGCGCAGUACGCGGACCACAUCCGAAACGUCCUGCAAACGGCCGCUAGACUCCAUGGACUCGAGCGGCACCCCACGGAGCACUUUCGCCGCCCAGAUGGUCUAUCCGGAAAAAGGAAGCGUCUACUUCCAGUCCUGCCCGGUCGGACGAAACAUAUCGCUGUCCAAGACGCCCACGCGGGCAAACUCUGUGUCAUCGGGCGACGACAACGAGUCUGACGGCGGCGAGUCGAGGCUCACCGACCUGGAGGACGAGCUCAACAGGGCGUGGGAGAUGGGCGCGCUCAGCUUGAGGUCGUCGCAGCAAAGGACGCGUCACCAACGACAGCAGCACGACUUGCAUUGCUUCGGCCGGACUCAGAAGAAGCCCUCCGAAGGAAGUUGCAUCAACGAAACUGCUUUCUGAACGCUUUUCGCUCUAUAGCUCUGUGCAACGAACAGCCGCGCGCGUUUUGAACGCUCGUAUCGCGGUGACCUUUAUGGAAGGAGCACAUCUUCAGCCUAUACUGUGCGCCAAUAACUUAGUUACAUGCAAUACCUCCUUUGGUCGAUGUAACCUUUGUUUGUGAUUAGCAAAAAGGGAGCGAAACAUCAAUCACAACCGCAGCAAUUUGGGCCUGUUGGUAUACCAUGGUAAAGGAUUUUGAAUAGCGCAAGUGCGUGAGAAGAAUACAAGGAAAGACCAGAGCGCUUACUUCCAACAAACUUAUUCGCGAAAACACCUGCUAAUAUACAUUUUAACGACAGCACGUGACAGCAACUAUUCACCAUUUUUAGGAAGACAAUCUCUUUAUCAGUCAAAAGCACUGACGAAGUACUCGCACAAUCGGGACCGAACCCUAAAAUCACAUUGGCUUCCAUGAUUUCAUUAGUCAGCCGGUCGCAAUUCUUACGGACAACAAUACAAGCACCAAAAGAAGGCUUGCAUCCGCAGCUUGUAUUACGAAGCGCCAGCCAACGAUCACGUGCAUUUUUCACAUUAUUUACAUGCUCAUGGAGGCGAUCAUUGAGGCAGCGACACGUCUGACCUAUAUACAGCUUACCACACGAAAGCGGUAUCUUGUAAACCACGUUGUAGAUACAGCUGACAAACUGCAACCCUGUGUUUUUAUUACAUGUGCUCUUUCCACCAACCUAGCGCCUUAAACGACACAACUUGCUUAGUUUGCACGGCGCAGAGAAGACCACUUUAGCUUUGGGACGUUCACCUAUCUUUUUGAUAUUAUGGGACACUUUGUGAAGGCAGGGAAUCACUGCAACAUUUUUUUUUUUUUUUUUUGUCUGAGUCGGGUUGCGCAGAACUUGCCCAAGAGCGUAUUAUUCUGAGCACUGACUCAGCUACAGCAGUCUGGACAUGAAUUGAGUAGCCAGCAUCGGACACCCUUUUUGACAGCAUUUCUAGAUUGACAGCCAUUUUAUCAAGUGCAUUGCGGAAGCACCCGUUUACAAUGCCUAUCCUUACAAGUCGAUUGAAAUGGGAGGAUGGAUUUGUUACUACGUGGGUGAUAGCGCCAGGAUAUCAUGUUAGGGUGAAAACACACAUCUAAGUUUACCUUAACGCAUGAAUUACCCGUGUAGGACGCAAUAAGAUUUCUAGACGUAGCUGUGUGUUUUCACCCUAUAACAUGACUUGCUAGCGCUAUCACCCACGUAGUAACAAAUCCAUGCUCCCAUUUCAAUCGGCCCACUCUCGCCUCUUAAAGAGAGGGUUUGUACACGGGUGUUUCCGCAAUGCACUCGAAAAGUCUCGUGCUCACGAGAUGGCUAUCAAUCUAGAAAUGCUGUCAAAAAGGGUGUCUGUUGCUGGCUACUCAAUUCAUGUCCAUACUGCUGUAGCUGAGUCAGUGCUCAGAAUAAUAGGCUCUUGGGCAAGUUCUGCGCAACCCGACUAAGACAAAAUAAAAUAAAAAAAUUGCAGUGAUUCCCUGCCUUCACAAAGUGUCCCAUAAUCUCAAAAAGAUAGGUGAACGUUCCAAAGCUACAGUGUCUUCUCUGCGCCGUGCAAGCUAAGUAAGUUGUGUCGAUCAAGGCGCUGUUUUGAUGGAAA